AUGGUUUCUUUCCUCGUAGCCAGUGUCGCUCUUUUGGGUGCCACUGCUAGCGCAGCAUCUGUUGCCCGUCGUCAAACCGAAAUUCCAUGUGGCGCCACCGAAUUUCAGGAAGUAAACAUCCUGACCGGUUAUAAUUUGACCUACAUCGCCCAACGGUACCAGUCUGGUAUUUGCGACAUUGCAAACUUCAACGGCAUCAGGAACUCGGAUUUUAUCCAGGCAGAAUGGAUUAUUCAGGUGCCCAAGUGUGCCGCUGGCCAAGAGGACAAUACAUCGUGUCUUGGUGGUAAAGGAUAUACUGGUACAUCUAUCCCGGAUCCGGUCAAUCCUCCAUGUCAAGCUGCCUCCGUUGCUAGAAUUCAAAUCAAACGUGGUGAUACUGUAUAUGGAUACAGCCAGAGAUUCCAGUCCAGCAUUUGCGACAUCAAGAAUUAUAACAAACUUCAGGACGCGAGCCGGAUUACUGCUGGGGAUUUCAUCAGUAUCCCAGUCAAGUGCCAAAAGCCAGCCGCUGACAACACCUGUCCAACAAAUGGUCGCCGUCAGACCACGACCCCUCCCCCAUGUGGCUCCAGUCUCAUCGUUGAUCACGUGGUCGCCGCAAAUCAGACUCUGUCUCUCAUCGCCAGCAACUAUACGUCUGGUAUUUGCGACAUUGCCAGCUUGAACAAAAUCCAGAACCCCAACUUCAUCCAGGUUGGGCAGGUCCUCCGCAUCCCGACCAAGUGCACGACGCCUGACAACACCUCCUGUCUUCCACCCCCCAACACUGCCACUGCUGUUUGCAUCAAUGGUGUCGGUAGCAGCUACAACGUGCGCAGCGGCGAGACUCUCACCAUCAUUGCUGGGAACUUCAACGUGACUCUCAACUCCGUCAUUGCAGCCAACUCUGACAUUGACCCCAAUGUGAUCUCUCCCGGUCAGCUCAUUAACAUCCCUGUCUGCCCUCACAGCUGCUGCGACUGGAUUGGCACCUACGAGAUCAAGUCAGGCGACACCUUUGCUGAGCUCGCUCGCAAGAUGCACACCACCGUCGGACAGAUCAUGGCCGUCAACGCAAAGGUUGACCCCACCAAACUUGCCAUUAAGCAGCAGAUCAUUCUGCCCGCGAACUGCCGCACUUAG